AUGACGGAAUCAUUUGAUACGGUUGUGGUGGGCGCAGGCUGGUUUGGCUUGGCGGCUGCCAAAGCCUACAAGCAGGUGCACCCCAACGCCAACAUCGCCGUGCUCGAAGCGGCUGAGUCGUGUGGUGGCACGUGGUCAAACAACAGACUCUAUCCGGGCCUCAAGUCCAACAACAUGGUUGGGACCUAUGAGUUCCCCGACUUUCCCAUGUCGGAAGAAAAGUACGGCGUCAAGCCGAACAACCACAUCCCCGGUGCGGUCCUGCACCGAUAUCUCACAGACUUCGCGAAAGAGUUCGGUUUCUUUGAUCGCAUCCAGUUCAACACGGCAGUCAACCUCGUCGAGAAGAACGGCGAGAAGGGCUGGAGCCUGACUGUCACGACGCCCGAGGGGAGCCGCAAGGUCGACACGGCAAAGCUGAUCCUGGCCACGGGCCUCACAUCAACGCCCAACAUGCCGACCUACCGCGGCUCGGAAAACUUCGAGGCGCCCUUCUUCCAUGCAAAGGAUUUCUGCAAGGAGGCGCCCACUCUCAAGAACGUCAAGCGGGCGACUGUCGUCGGUGGCGCCAAGUCGGCAUACGACGUGUGCUACGCCAUGGUCCAGCAGGGCGCGGAGGUGGACCUCAUCGUCCGCCCGAACGGCCACGGACCGGUGUGGAUUGCGCCUGCAUUCGUGACUCCGCUCAAGAAGCGGUUAGACCAGAUCCUCAACGUCCGGUUCAUGAGCUGGAUGAGUCCCUGCCCCUGGGGCGGCGAGGAUGGCUACCCCGGCAUCCGGCGGUUCCUUCACAACACGGCUCUCGGUCGCUUCAUUGUCAGGUCUUUCUGGAAGGUGCUGAGCAACGAUGUCACCACUGCCAUCAACUAUGAGAACAAUGCCGAGCUGAAGAAGCUCAAGCCGUGGAACUCGGCAUUCUGGAUCGGCAGCGGUCUCAGCAUCCUGAACUACGACACUUCAUUCUUUGAUCUCGUCAGGGAGGGCAAGAUCCGCGUGCACAUCGACAACAUCGACCACCUAGAGCCCCGCAAGGUCGUGCUCGUCGGUGGAGAGACGAUUGAGUCGGAUGUUCUCGUAGCCUCCACGGGCUGGAAGAAAGAGUCGACGAUCAAGUUCGCUGGCCUCGGAGAGGAACAGCUCGGCCUCCCCGGAACGGUGGCAGAGAAGAAGGCGCUUGCCGAGAAGGCAGACGCCGAGGUUCUCCGCGACUUCCCCAUCCUCAAGGACCAGCCCAAGCUCGCCUUCGUGCCCAAGGAGGCGGAUCCCCUGCGCUACUACCGCUUCAUCGUCCCUUACACGAUGAUCGAGUCGCGAAACCUCGCCUUUGCCGGCAUGAUCUCCUGCGUCAGCACGGCGACCGUCGCGGCGAUCCAGGGCCACUGGAUCGCGGCGUUCAUGGGCGAGCAGCUAGACCGGGCGCCCAAGUCGGGCCAGGAGGUCAUCGACGAGAUCAUGCUGCACACCCAGUGGGGCAAGUGGCGCUACCCCAGCGGCUACGGCGCCAGCCUGCCCGACUUCGUCUUCGAGGGCGUGCCCUACACGAACCUGCUGAUGAAGGACCUGGGCCUCAAGACGCAUCGCAAGCCCGGCCUCUUCGCCGAGCUCACUUCGCCGUACCUGCCUCCCGACUUUGCUGGGCUGAUGGAGGAGUGGAAGCAGGCGCACGAGAAGAAUGCAGCUGCUGAUGGGGAUCUCAAGGGUGCUCCUGCUGUUGCUGCUGCUGCUGCUGCCAGUAGUUAA